GAUCCGCCUACGUGCGUUCGUGCAGCGAGGGGGCACGCGGCGGCCAUCGGCGGGGAGAGCGCGCCCAUCCGCGGCGGUCGGACGUGCGGCGGCAGCCGAAGGGAUCCCGGUCGCGGUGGGGGUGGGCGGCAGCAGCCCCGAUUCGGUCCUUCGGGAGGAGAAGGGGCCGCGAGGGGUCCGGGCGAUGCCGCGGGCCGAAAUGGCCUCUUUGAUCCAGAAGAUCGCCCGUCAAGCCCGCUCCACCUUCAUGGUGCUGCCGUCGGGCGACGCCGCCACUUUCCAGGACAACCUCGCCAAGCUGCGCAUGCUGCUGGAGAAGAUCCGAGCCGAGGACCUGAACCUGGGCGCUCGGAGGAACAGCGGGCCGCCGCACCAGGGACCUCCCGUCAGCUACAUGCACAUCUGCGAGACCGACUGCUUCUCCAUGGGGGUGUUCCUGCUGCAGAGCGGCGCCUGCAUCCCGUUGCAUGACCACCCGGGCAUGCACGGCUUGCUCAAGGUGCUGUUCGGCCAGGUGACCGUCAAGUGCUUCGAUAAGGAGGAGGAGGAGAGGGAGGCGGCGGGCGCGGACAGCGUGCAGUUCAACCCGCCGCUGUUGCAGUGCCAGCGGGCGGCGCUACGGAGGUCGCUGCGGAGGUCGAGCACCGUGCUGAGCGAGGAGAGCGACCCGUGCCUGCUCACCCCGCUGCAGGGCAACAUGCACCAGAUCGAGGCGACGGACGGGCCCGCCGCUUUCCUGGACAUUCUGGCGCCUCCGUACGACCCGGACGAGGGAAGGGACUGUCACUACUACAAGGUGCUGCAGGUGUCGGAGAACGCGGGUAAUUCUAGCCCCCCGUCGUCCCAACAGCCGCAGACACCGCCGCCGCAACCGGUGUGGCUCUUGGAGGUGCCGCAGCCUGCCGACUUCUGGUGCGGUGGGGAGCCUUACCCUGGUCCCAAGGUCUCUCCAUAAUGGAACAAUUGACAGGGAGAGAAUAUUAACGUACUUUCACGGUGUCUCCAUCUCCUUUCCCUCCUUUGUACAGCGAUGUGCUUUUCGUAGGUUAUUUUAGCAUCUUUAAACAAGUUAUUAGACAUCCCAAGCUUCCAAUGAAGACUAAAGAAACUUUAAAAGCCAGGGGUUUCUUGGUAAAGCAGGCAUACGUGUAAUACUUUACACACUUUAUAUUGGUUUAGAUCUAUUUCGGCUCGGUUUUCAGUCUAUAGCACUUCGUGGCAUAUAUCCCAUUGCAUGUAUUUACUGGAAUUUCGUCGCUAAGUAUUCACUUAUCAAAUGUUAGUUAACUGAAAUACUAGCUCCAUUAAACUCCCAUUUCCUUUCCUCUGUUCAUUAUUAAUUUAUUCAGAUGUAUGUGAGGUUUUUUUGUUUAUUUUUGCCCUAAGUAUAUAGUUUGAGAACAAACAUUCUUUUCCCAGUAAGAACAAAAACACUACUGGUAGCAUUUACUAAUAACAGUGGGGUAUUUUUCUAUACAUCUGACCAAAUUAUAUUUUCCCAUAUAGAAUCAUUUAGAUAAGUAGUCAGCAAUCUGAAUAUUUGACAGCCAUCAGAAGAUAAGCUUGAAGGUUUUUGUCAUUGUUGGUUAAAGGAGUUGCAUCUAAACACUCCAAGCAGAAACACACUAUUUUCAUUUAAUGGAGUUGAAUCCUAAUAUGUCAGUUUCCUUUUAAGGAAGAGGGCUUACUGAUAGUUUAAUGGCCUAGUGGUUGUCAGCAUGAGUCCCUGUGUUUAUAUUAAAGGUUACUUAUUGUAUUUAAUGCUACCCAAAUUACACUAACAGAGUGUUUACACACUCUUGUAAAACACUGACUUCAGCAAAGUGACAACUGAUCAAUUUUAAACUUCAAAGUACUUGGGCAGAAUCUGGGCUUCUAAACCAGUAGGGUUGUUGUAAUCCUGUAUGUUCAGUAAAUAACUUAUCUUUCAAAUCAUAUGGUAAGGAACUGCUUCCAUUUAAUGUAUAACAUUUAUUGGUUAGUAUUAUUAAAUUGUCCGUUAAUCAAGCUUAAAAAUAGAUUUGUAAUGGAGUCUUGAAAUUGAGCCUGUAAAAUCCUGUAUUAUAAGUAAUCAUAAGACACAAUCUUGUAAACUGGUGCUGUAGUUUGUUGUAGACCGCAUUCAGUUUGCAGUGCCUGGCCCUAAUAUGCAUUUUAAAAGCUAACAAUAGCUUUAUGAGGAGAAUAUAUGGCUGAAGAUGCUGUAAGUAACAGUUGACAGCAUUUGGUUCAGAAGGGCCAUAAUUCCCAAAGUUUCAAAAAUAAUAACUAAUCAAGUAAUAUUUCUAUGCCAAAAUCCCUACCUGUUCUUUGUGCAUAAAAUAUGAAAUUUCCUCUUCUUGGGAAGUGUUCCGGUCAAUUGUGUCUUUAACAUUUUAUGACUUUUCCAGGAAAAAAGUAUUUUUAAUAUAUUGUAUUAGGAUUUUUUUUAAAUCAUAGUACCCUUCAGGAAGGGUAGGGACAUUUUUAUUGCAGACUUGAAGCUGUAGAAUCUGUUGACAUUCAGUUCAUGAAAUUCCUGUUUUAAAAAAAAUUCAGAAUAUUGUGCACUAGAUUGCCAUGUUGGUUUGCAUGUGAUGGUAUUGUAACUUAAGCCAAUCUUGGCAGGACUGCAGCAAUCUUUUUUUUGUUUCAUCUGAAAAUGAAAGUGUGGAAAAAUGAUUUGCUGUUAAUUUCAUUCAGGUGUUGCAUAAAUGUGUGAAAUUUAAUUUCUGAUCCAUUUGGAAGACUGAUUAGAUUGGCCAGUGGUAAGAGUAAAAAUUACUUAAUACCAUGUGGACUUUCCUGUGGUUCUACCAUUUCAAAAGCAAAUGAGAGAUUAUAUAGCAUAUUGGAAAAUAUUAAAAGCAAUAAAACAUACCAAGUAUGAUUUUACUGAUGCUGUAUUCCUUGGUGUAAAUUCUUGAACUUUUAGCAUGCAAAGCAGUGUCAUCAAAAUAUAAUAAUACUUGUAAGUUCUGAAAUAAUGUAUCUCAUUGAGCAAAACUGUGUAUUGCUGAAUGGUAGUCUGAGUUUUGGUGCACACAGACUGGAGACUUGGACCAAAGUCACUUGUAGGAACUGCAGCUUGUAUCCUCAGUAUUACUUAAAUUUACUUUUUAAAAAAUUAUUUGUAUUAUUUGCCCUCUUUUGCACGUUGCUUUGUUUUCCUGUGGCUGCCUGCAAGAAAAUAAAUCUCAAGGUUGUAUAUUGUACAUAUACUUGGAUAAAAAUUUACUUUGAACUUUGAGCUGUGGUCAUAAACCUGAAGCAGAGCUGGGUAAAUGAAUAGUAAAAUGCAUGCAAGUGCUUGCAGGAACCUAUCCAAUUUCACAAAAGAAAGCAUAGAUGUACAUUAUUGGUUGGUCUGCUGCCUCAUUAAAGUGCUGAUGAUCAAGUUCAAGCUUUGGAGUAUACGGUAGUUCACUUGAGUAGAAAUAUCUAAAUUACCAAUGUGAUUAGACCUUGCCAUCGAUUUUUUUUAUUGUGCAGUCAUUGUUUCUGCAAUAUUGAAAGUCCUGAAGAAGGGACUCAGUCCAAAAAGUCAAUUAUCUAUUAAUUUCCAUAGAUGCUGCCUGACCUGCUGAGAUCCUCCAGCAUUUUCAGUAUUUAUAGACUUUUUCGUAUUAUGCUUUGUAUUUUAUUCCUUGUUUUUCAUUAAGGAGUUCCUGGAUAAUGUAAAGGUUUUUCUGAGCACUGUCCAUAAGCUGAUUUUCUUUUUUUUCCUCACUAAUUCAAAAGCAUCCAUUUUCUAUAGCAACCUAUUAUCAUGUAGCUCUACGUACACUUGAAAUGUUUUCAUUUUUAGCAGACUUCACCCUAGCACCACCUAGUAUUAAACCUAUGUAAUAUAUACAUAUUCAGUUAUUACUGAACAAUGCUGUCAUUAUUUUAGUACUACCUUGAAAGAUACUUUAACAUUUAUGGGAGAAUUUGUGUAAACUCAGGAUUUCUGUAAUUCAGGGUAGUCUUUAAACCAGGGAACCCCUGCAUUCCAUGUUGGGAGUGCCAUGAAGCCUGAAUUUGUGAGUUCUCUGCAGUCUUAUUUUCCAACAGCAUAUUUUUAUAUCUACUCUGCUUAAAAUCGUCAUGAAGAAACUAGUUGGCAAUGAACAGUGACAAAAUGAUUUUGCAAGUAUAUAGUCUACUGAUAGCUUCAAGUGAAAGUAUACUGUGUAUGGUGUAAACUGGUAGUGAUCAUUGCUCUCUUAUGUAAGGAUAGACUUUGAAAAAGCAUUAUGCGAUUGGGAAAUGUUAUGUGAAAUUUAUUGGCAGGUAAGGGAUUGAAGAGGUACUUUGGUCAUAAACACUGGCUGAAAAUAAAUACACAAGAUACUUGAAAUGCUCAGCACGUCAGACUACAUCUGCAUAAGAAACAGAACUAAAUUUUCAAGUAAGCUUUUGCAUUUCUCUGUUUUCUGAUUAUAGAGGUAUUUUAGAUUUCCGACAUCUGCAGUUUUGACCGUGACUUAAUUUGGUUUCAUUAGGCCAUGUCAUAAACUAGAAUCAAACAAAAUAAGAUAAUUUUAAGAAACAGCUAUCAGCCAUUACUAUAGGCUUUUUAGACUUUUUCAGUGACUCUGGCAAAUAUAAUUUUAUUGCAACUACCUCUAGUGGGAUGAGGAGGCAGGAUCUCUUGUACUGGAAAGUAUGUUUGGAUUUGCACUGAAUGCUUCUGUUAUUUAAUAAAUGGCAAUGCAAAUGAAUGCAAUUUUAAUGUUUUCUGCCUUGCUGUUUUCAAGAUGGUCAUAUUAAAGUAACCAGCAUUCUCCCUCCAGCAUUGCUGUUUAUUUACAUGUGCCUAAUAUAGCCACCUAUUUAUAUAUAAUGACCUUCUCCUGAGCAUUACUAAUUGAGCUAAUCAAACCAAUGAUGUACAUCAGCAUAAAGCCAAAACUGGAAAAAGUGCAAAUGUUUCUGCUAAAUAAAGAAUUUCCUUGAUGGCAAAAGGCUUUUAUAGUGGAGGGUGGAAAGAAGAGAAGUUAGAGUUCUGCUAAUAAAGGUCCUGGGGACUCACUAAACAUUUAUAUUUUUUUUAAAAAAUGCAGAUUUAAAUUGUGUUGAUUUGAAUUCUGUCUUUUUUGAAAAAAAAUCUUGAUUUAUGGGUAAAGCUUAAUUAGUAAGGGAUUCAGCGACUGCCUCAACAAACAGGUCACUCAAAUUUCUCAAAACAACGUUGAACUGUAAUAACUUGAUAACUAGUUCACAUGAAAAGUAGCAUACUUGUUGAGAAUUUUCUCUUGGAAGGAUUUCAAUGUUAGAGAAUUAAAUUUUAGAGCCACAUCAAAUUAUUUCCCACAUCAGGAGACUCAGGUUUAUUAUCACUGACAUAUGUUCUUAAAUUUGUUUUAUGACAACAGUAUGAAGCAAGAUAUAAAAAUUACCAUAAUUUACAAAAAAGUAAAUAAUGCAAAAGAAUAACAUAGUUAAUGGAUUUUUAAAGUAAGCUUAACAUGUGAAUUCAUUUAGAUUUAUUGAGAGCCAGCUGUUGGACAUUUAUUUCAAAGUUGUCUUAAAAUUCUAAGUUUUGCAUUGUCUCCAUAGUUUGUAAUGUAAUCCACACAUUUCUAGUGGAGGCUGUGUCCUUUGGUUCUACUGUACUGGUUGUUUUGCAAUAGCUUGUCAUAAAUAGGAUAAACUAAUCUAUUUGAAAUCCCAGAACCAGAUCUAUCACCUCCUAAUGUUAACUUUUCCAUUGGCAACAUGCCCAGCUUUCAGUGCCAUCUUCUAUUCCCUCCAAUACCUGUUUGUUCUAGUUGCUCCAUUUUGAAUCCUUUCCCUUCUUAGUAGUGGUCAUUGGAAGCAAAUCCAGUUAUCCCAAAUACAAGUGUUCUACAAUCCGUGCCCUCUGUAUUCUUAGUUCC